AUGCGGCCUCUCGGCUUCUUCUUCCCUUCCUUGGUCCAUGUGUGUUCGACACCGUGCCGCGCGCUUGCGUUGCAGGAAAAGCCAGAUGUAUGGGUGCAUGUCUGCAGCCGCCGCUGCAACGAGUUUCAGUCUUUUCUCCACCCUCGCUCGGGUGCCUCGUUAGGCGCGCCGAUUCUUCUCUCUCGCUCUCUGGCGGCUCCCGUGCCGCGGCUAUCUACGUCCUGUCUUUCUGAAAGGUCUUUCUCCUCCCUGUCUCCUCGGAGGUCUCUGCCACAGCUUCGCCCGAUUUCUUGCGGCGGCUGCACUUUCGCUGCUGACUAUCCAGAGUCCUCUUCGGCGCCUCCUCCUCUGGCGCCUCGGUUUUCUUCUAAGUUUUCCGUUGAUCCGGCCUUUGCGCCGCGUGGGUAUCCCCACGCGUCGCGUUCGACUUCCUCUUUGCCCGCACCACUUCCUGCCUCGGCGGCGCCGCAUGCAACGUCCUGCGCCGCAGAGCCCGAGCGACCUUUAAAGAGGAGACGACGCACCAAGAUGUCCGCGGAAGGGACACCCGCCGCGCCGACUGCCUCCUCGCUCGCAUCGCCGCUCUCCGCCGCGUCCGCUUCCGCUGUGCCGCAGCCAGAGAGUGUGGCGGGUAAGCAGGAAACGACCUGCGAUGCGGGGGAACAACCUGCGAAGAGAAAACUGGAAAAACGGAGUGCACCGCUGAGCAUCGUCACCUGGAAUGUCAACAGUCUCGCCGCUCGCAUGCGCGACCCGCGGCAGUGGUUUUUCUUCUCGCGCUUUCUCCAAACAACCGAGCCGGACAUUCUUUGCUUCCAGGAAGUCAAGCUUGCUGCCCACGGACCUCCUGGGGCGAAGCGCGGCGACGGCAUGCCGCGUGACCAUUCGCGCAUAAAGUCGUCCGACAAGGUCAGCAGCGUGGAGGCGAAGGAGAUUUCCGAGACGCUCGGCGCACUCCUGCCUCAUCACAAGCUCCUCAUCUCCCUCGCCGACUGGCGCUACAGCGGGCAGAUGAUGUUUAUCAAAAAAGACAUCCAGGUCCGGUCUGUGCGCUACAAUCUUUGCCUGGGCGAAUGGCCAGCGCAGCAGCAUGAUCCGGAAGGCCGCGUCAUUCUGGCUGAAUUCGAUCCCUUCUGCGUCCUCGCAACGUACAGUCCCAACAACGGCGGUACACAGAAAUCGUUUCAGAGGCGGCGGCUGUGGGAUGAGCGUAUGCGCGAGUUCGUCACGCGACUGAAAAAACCGUUGAUCUGGGUCGGAGAUCUCAAUUGCGCUCCGGAGGACAUCGACCUCUCUGAUCCUGAGCGAUUUCGUUCGGUCAUCCACGAGAACGACGACGGGACGAUUGAUCCUGAGAAUAUCGGUCAAGCCGGGUGCACAGAUGCUGAGCGCAGGCGCUUCAGGGAGAUCCUCGAAGCUGGGGACUUGGUCGACGCCUUCAGAGGGCUGCAUCCCCGCACGGAGCCGCCGCCGCUGGAGAGCGCGGAGUAUUCUUGGCGCGGCUUCGGGGGAACGGGACCUCGCGGGAUGCUGCGGGGCCUCGGCAUGCGGCUCGACCACAUCGUUCUGACCAAGCCAUUGAUGGAGGCAGUGGAGCUCGUGCGGAUCUGUGGAGCCGGGAAGUCAAAGUCGAAUUUUUUCGGGUCUGAUCACUGUCCCGUUUUAGUGCGCCUGAAGGAGCGCGAAGUCGCAGAGCUCCCGGCGGUAUAUUCUGAAACCCUCUGCGCGUCUGCCACGCCGCCCGCUGCGAAGAAGCGGAGGGAGGGCGCCUUGGCAGGCUUUUUCGAGAAAAAGCGCCGCGAACAGCAGAAGCAGCCUGAGAAAGCAUCCGAGGCGAUUGUCGUCUCCGACUCGUCCGACAGCGAGAGGAGGAGCGAAGCGACCAAAGCCGUCUAA